CACAUGUAGCAAUCACUGAAAACCUUCAGACCUGUCACACCUCUUCAGCUUCUCUCCAGUCAAAGUGAGAACACCGGUCGAGUGAGAAUGGAAAACAGAAAGGCAUGCCUCUUUGCAGCUCUCUGCUCACUCCUUAUCGUUGCCAGCUUCAUCGACAGCUCGGAGUCAGCGAGCUGUUGCAUGAAAUACUUCAAGAGGAAGCUCCCCUGCAAAGCUGUGAAGGGUUACAACAUUCAGACCAUUAAUGGCUCCUGUGACAUCAAUGCCAUUAUCUUCCACCUCAAUGGUAGGUUCGUGUGUGCUGAUCCUUUGAAAGUUUGGACCAAGAGAGCAAGGAAGUGUGUGGAUGAAAGGAGAAGGAAGGUUGAACGUAUCCUGGGAGAAAGAGACUGAAAAACUUAACUCUACAGCCUGGAGCCAAAAUUACUGAGGAAAAUAAGAGAAAUUAUAUUUAAGCUUCUCUUAAUGUUUUGCUAAAGGUUAACAGGGAUUAAUGGGAAUAUUGGUUAACUGUGACCUAUUUUAUUUGUUCUGUUUCAUAAACAGGAAUAUGUAUUAUUAAUAAUACCCCAAGUAAAGCUUUAAAUGCUGGGCAGUAACCUCUUGGAGGUUGAUAUCUCUGUUUUUUUUGCUCUAAGCAAAAAAGAAAAAAAAAAAUACAUUUUUAAUAAAUGUCUAAAAUUAAUUCAAGCUUGUUUAUGUGCUUAUGUUACCCUGAGGCAUCUAUUGU